AGGGCAUCCCUCCACAAGUGAACCACCCUCUCCCUUACGCCAAAAAGAGUCCUCGCCAGAAGAAUUCUUCACUCCUGGGCUGCGAAAUCUACUCUCAAAAACAGAAAAUAGGGAGGGUAGUACCUUGGAGCCAUGAAGUGGUCUGCAGAAAAUGAUCAGUUGGUAUGUUCUCUCCUUGUUGAUAUGCAGAGUGCUAGGUCUGCGUUUCAAGGUUGUGAACCCCGGAUACACAGUGAUAUUGUGGCCUAGCAAGAGGAAUAUUCAUCCUGCUCAGCUACUACUAUCCUAGUACUAACUUUAGGGUGUUGGUAGCUCUUUCUAAAGCUCAUUGAGACUCAUGAUGUGAGUGUUAAACCGCAAAAGAUUCAGUAGGCACCCAUUGACAGUCUCUCAACUAUAUUUUCAUGCACAAUCUACGUACAAAGUCUUGACCCAGCUAACGAAAAAACUCCGAGGAUAGAGAAGCCUGGCGUACGCAUGGCCUCACAUUUCUUUGCUCACAGUGGCUAAUUACGAAUAGCCAGAGACGGCCGCGAAGUCCCUACAGCCCGAGCGAUCAGCGAAAGAAUCGCCAAACUCCGGAAUGUCGUCAAAACCACCUCCACCAGUGCCGCCUCAUCCCUACCGGCAUCUUCUACGCAAACAACUCCCCGGAAGCGGAAGAAAGUUCAGGUUAAUGGUGAGAAAGGUUCAAGCGAGAGCAACGGCCACCUAGACGGAGAGACUGGCAAGGAACACGAGCCUGGAAGGAAAAGAAGGGGUCCUCAAGUCACUCCCCCGGGUUUGGCUAAGGGAGGGUUAGAAGAUGGUAGCUUUACGUCAUCCUCCCCGGGGUUUGGAAUAUUUGGAGCGGAGAGGUUGGGGGGACGAACCUUUUUGGACGAGAGUUUUAAGGCUGAGAAGUGCAAUCCAGGAGAGGAGGGGGAGGGGCAGAGGAAGGAAGAAACGAAUUAGGAAAUAAUUAGGAAAUAAGCGGGCAUUGUUCUAUGAUGCCACAUAAUUAUUUCUAGGUGUAUGCAAAGUAUUACUACGAGGCCCAUAUCUCAGUACUCCACCAGUCCCAGUAUUCUUAUAUUAAAUUAAUGAGACACAUAUGAAUUCCGGAAAAGGUAAAAAUUAACCUUACAAUGCUCCCUCGUACACUCCCUGUUGCACCAAUUCCCGGCAUCAACCAAAAUUGACCUUCUGACCCCGUAAUCAAGCUUUCCGUCAGAAGAUCCUAAAAACGUCCCCGAACUGCACUUACAAAUUUCGCCUCCAAUUCCAGCGCUCAGAGCAUACCCGAUCGAUCCCCCUAGAUCGUACUAGAUCAGAUCAGAUGGAGUGACUACCCGUAUCUAUCUAUUAUUCAUCCAUCCAUCCCUCUCAUUCUUUCGUACGAUCCUUUCAUCCACUAUAUACCGUGCCAUAUAAAAAACACAAUCGAACUCGAGAGAGAGAGAGUCAAGGAUAAAAUACAAAACUCGUCCAAACUCGUCCACCGGUUACAGUAACCACAGGCAACCAAGCCCGACAAAGCUAUAAAUGCCGCCCAGCAGCACCGUGAAAUCACAAACUCGUCCAUUCCUCCUACGAAAGCGGCAAUAAAUCAAUAAAAAAAGGAAAGAAAUACCCACCCCUCACCCAACCGCUAUUUUCCGGAGACAUCACCUGCAUGAUCGCCCUAAAAAAUCGGCAGGCCCAUGCUCGAAUCACACCACCUGGGCCAUUCUUUCGGUAAUCUCCACUACAAACGAAGUCUUCCCGUGGGCGGGUUGUUGCAUUGAUUUCGACAUGUGCGAGAGGUGAGAGUCGAGGGUUGGGAGAAAGGGACCAGUCCUGGGAGGAGAAGGCGAGAGGAGCGGAACGAGAGAGAGAUUAUUGUCAAACGGAGGGGUGCGGGCUUCCCAAGUCAAUGCACGAAUGAAUGGGUUGAAUGUAUGGAACGGAAGCAUCUGCUGCAGAAUCGAGGGAUAUAAAUUUCUUGUCGUCCCCUUUCUGGUGAUCUGGUGGAGGGAAGCAGAAGAUAGAAAUCACUGCAGGGAGAAACAAUCUGCUCGAGUGUGAAAGAGUAGGGUGCUGAGCGACCGGCAGGCAAGUUGGAAGGAAAGGGCGGUUUCUGGUUGGGGUUUUUGAGCAGAUUUUGCUGAUCAUAAUAGUCUCCCAUUACAGGCUACACUCGAUAUUGUCAUCUAUACCCACCACCACCCCUCGCCGCAAUUAAUGGAAAUCGACAAGCUCCUAAACCCAAAGUCUGGUAGUGUUUCCUCGCGCCAUUUACCCUUACAUUAUCAAACCACUAACUUUACCCGGUCAAGAAGGCGAAGAAGAGCAAGAAGGUUCAGCGGGGAAGGGCAAAGAGAAGGAGGAAGGAAAGAAAAAAACAGUUGAGGAGACCCAGAAAGAAUGGGAAGCCAACCAGCGCAGCAAGGGCAUGCCCACAGAGGGCCUGAACACGUUUAGGGUUAAGAAGAAUUGAAUGGGACAUGGUGCACCGAUGGACGAAAUCAUGUCGGUGAAUAUUUUCUUGCGGAUAUCUCAUUCUUUGCUUUUACUUUGCUAUCGACGCUAAGGAGUCAUUCUUUCUAUUCUGUGGUGGGAUUGUACUGAAUACAGCAUCAGGCUGGUGCAGGAAGAACGGGUCCGAAUCUAUUGUUGAAACACUUUCUCUCCUAUACUUUUCAGUAAGACAAGUCCGAACCCAUGAGAAAAGUCAAGACCUCGGGACUUUGGAUGUAAUGUGGUGGCGGGGGCCUAGAAUAGAAGUUCUAGAACAACGACUACUUAUUUAUUUUUGUUGAAUCCACCUAUUGUUUAAAGGCCAGCACGGUACAAGAACAAUUUCGGUAUACAAGGGCCAGAGAAAC